GCGACCGCGUCCGGCAGGAGAAACUAACAAGGAUGCGGCUUAUAAUAGAAAUAUACACUCAACACCAGUCGGAAUGACCUCUCUCGCAACUGACAGCCCUUUAAGGAAGAUAAACUGCAGUGCUUUAAAAUGACCAGUUAAAGAACACAAACGCUGUACCUGGACUAUUACGUUUUUUUUUUUUCUAAGUGCCUCGGGAAAAAGUAACAUUAUUCCAGAAUUUGAGGGCAUCACUAUCAAUAGCAGAGAAACAAAGCGAUCCCUGUGUAAUUUUGGUAUUAGGGCGUAUUCUUUUCCAAACUAAAAGCCUGACUAGACACUGUUGAAUGCAACCAACGGGAGCCUGCAUGAGAAAUGCCGUGGAGUCUCUGAAGUCUCCGUUUCGACCUUGUUUUGUGCAUUUUUCCAGGUUUCUUCGAGUCCAGCUGGUCUUUGCGCGCCGUUACAUGGACCUUGGGUACAGCGAAUAUCUAAAAGGACGUCAAGGCAGUCCGCUGAAAGGCAAAAUGAUUGACUUGCAAUGGGGCUUGUUUAAAAUGUUCACAUCCGCGUCACUCUGUCCUAUAUUUUAUUUAAUCUAUAUUUUCGAGGCAGGCGACCUUUAGGUAAGAAUUGAAAACGAACGACGGCAUAUUUUAUCAAUGUGUCUGUUGCCUGAUUCCCUGAUUCCAGUUUAACUGUGUUUGAUCAGUUAAGCCCCACAGCGACUAUCUGGAAAAUCGCACAAUUCGCCCCCGGUUUUCAGCGCGACGCUCCUUCACUCACCGUAUCACCUUGAGAAUAAGUAUAUACUUUUCCAGAUCAUCAGCAUAUGGAAAUCGUCCUGCCUGUUUGUUAUAAAUGAAGUUCAUUUAACUUAUCCAAAAAACGAAAAGACAUUUAAAAAAUAGGAAAAGCCCGCUUCAAUGCAAUAAACAGGUUGCUGUUUAAAACUGGAACUUAGGAAAAAUGUACAAAGGUGCCCUUUCUGUCGAGCCUUCUUACGCCGUUAAUACAUCUCACAACCUCAUCAGGAUGGCGCUGGAAAAAUCUGAAAAAACUCGUUUAAAGAUGAGAGUGAAUACAUAAUUAUUAUAAUAUAAAAGACCAAGUUGCCAUAAUUAUUUGUUUCAGCCCUUUAUUAGUUCUCGGCGUUUCUCUUGCACUCGGACAACCCAGGAAAUCUCGUCGCUGCUUGUUGAUGGCACUACGCACCGGGAGGACUUGGUUUGGCCAGAUCUUGCGCAGAGUCUCUCGGCUGCAGGGCACCUGGUCCCGGAGAUCGAGCAGUCUCCUGUGUCUCUCUUCCAACCAGGAACAGGAUCCGGGAGGCUGCAACAGGGACCACAAGCGUUGCUCCGGCGUCCAUCACACCCACCACCAUCAGCACCAUACUCCCUGUCAAACCGGUUCAGAUCGCUGUCAGAGCUUUCCCAAGUGCUGCGCCUUCCUGGAGGAUCCGAGGGGACAUGAACCCCUCACUCACCGGUUCCUGGUGGCCAUGAAGCGGCAGAACGUGCGGACCUUGUCUCUGAUUGUAUGCACGUUCACCUACCUGCUGGUCGGGGCUGCGGUCUUUGAUGCCCUGGAGUCGGAUUUUGAAAUGAGGGAGAAGGAGCAGCUGGAGGCCGAGGAGAAACGUCUCCAAGGGAAAUAUAACAUAAGCGAGGACGAUUAUCGGAAACUGGAGACGAUCAUCAUGGAGGCCGAACCCCACAGAGCAGGGGUUCAGUGGAAAUUCGCUGGCUCGUUUUAUUUUGCAAUUACGGUCAUUACAACUAUCGGCUAUGGGCAUGCAGCCCCGGGCACGGACGCUGGGAAGGCUUUCUGCAUGUUCUACGCGGUCCUGGGCAUCCCACUCACACUGGUGAUGUUCCAGAGCCUGGGUGAGCGCAUGAACACCUUCGUCAAGUACCUCCUGAAGCGCAUCAAGAAGUGCUGCGGCAUGCGGAUCACGGACGUUUCCAUGGAGAACAUGGUGACGGUGGGCUUCUUCUCCUGCAUGGGCACGCUGUGCAUCGGGGCUGCCGCCUUCUCCCACUACGAGGACUGGAGCUUCUUCCAGUCGUAUUACUACUGUUUCAUCACAUUGACUACCAUAGGAUUUGGGGACUUUGUGGCUCUUCAGAAGAACCGGGCCCUGCAGAGGAAGCCCCUAUACGUGGCCUUCAGCUUCAUGUACAUCCUUGUGGGCCUGACGGUCAUCGGGGCCUUCUUGAACCUGGUGGUCCUUCGCUUCCUGACCAUGAACAGUGAGGACGAGCGGCGGGACGCGGAGGAGCGGGCCUCGCUGGCGGGCAACCGCAACAGCAUGAUCAUCCACAUCCAGGAGGAGUCCCAGCACGGGAGGCAGCGCUACAAGGGCGACGUGACGGACCUGCAGUCCGUCUGCUCGUGCAUGUGCUACCGCUCGCACGAGUUCACCAGCCGCGUCGUCUCCCAGCAGAACUCCUUCAGCUCCCAGCUGAACCCCCAAUACUUUCACUCGGUCUCCUACAAGAUCGAGGAGAUCUCCCCCAGCACCUUGAAGAACAGCUUCUUCCCAUCUCCCGUCAGCUCGGUCUCUCCCGGCCUCCAUAGCUUCACAGACAAUCACCGACUAAUGAAAAGGCGGAAAUCGAUUUGAGCCUACAAUAACGUUUAGCUUUUCGAUUUAUAACUUAGAUUCCAAAUGCUGCUCCCACCAAAUGUAAUUUUAGCACUUUUUUUUUGGGUUCAGAUACUGACACACAUUAAUGCGCACACGCAAAAAAAGACACACCAACACACGUUUGGUUUGCAUCACUCACGGCUGAGGGAUGCAAGGCAUGACGCAUGGAUAUAUAAAUGUCUUUUUUCGCUUUAUUUUCCUUCCAGACGAUUUAAAAAAAAGAUCAUACCUUAUUAUCUUACACAUGCAACACAUUCACCCUCCCACUUUGGACGGGUUCGAGUAAUACCGUGUCAUACCCACUCCUGCAUCCUAAAUCUUCAGUUAAAGGAUGGGUGGAGGGAAUUAUUUUCGAAGUGCAUAUGUCUGUUUUACCAUGACUUGAAUUGAUCGCAGCUGUGCGAUUCCAGUGCCACAGUAGAGACAGAAAUAAUUUUAAAAUGACUUUAAAGCAUCAAGUAUUAUUUUCUAUAAGCAAUUAUAUUUAGAAAAAGGAGACUGGAUUCUUUUACAUCGAUGUAAUCAUGCCAAAAUACUAGCCAACCAGAGCAUGUGCAUUAAAUGUCAAAAAAUGGGUGUGCGAUGGAUAUUAGAAUUUAUUUCAAUUUAUUUUUCAUUUUCUAAAAGGAGAUUUAAUAUAUGGUAUAUGUAUCUGUACAUAUGGUUUUUUCAGAUCGUGUAAAAAGGGCAAAGGGGAAGCGUAGGUUUUUUUAAAGCUUGCCAGUUGUUGGAUGCAUGUACUUUAUAAAAUUGGUUUGCUUACUGAGAAAGAGGAAAAAAAGAAUAGAAAUCUAGCAGUUGAAUUAAAAGUUAAAAGCAAAUAACCUUGGAAUGUUUUUUUUUAGAGAAAUAUCUUGUUUAUUCUCUUUUUAUUUCCCACUUUAUAUAAUUUCGAUAACUAAGGCUAGACAAAACUGUAUCGCAUCUUUGCUUUCUGGCUGUUGAUUAAAAUGUCUUAUUUGUUAAAGA